UGCCCUUGACUCCGGCCGCGACCUCAGCGAGGCCAUCAUGAACUGGGGACCCCCUCUCGGGUGCCUGCUCCUGGGACUGCAGCUAGCCCUGCUCCGCGUCCAGGGCAGUGAAGUGGUGUUAGCUGGGGCAGGCGACUCGGCAGAGCUGCCCUGCAAAGGCCCUCCGAAAUCCCAGUUCACCUGGAAGCUCCAGCCACACGACACACCCAUUUUGAAGAGCCAACGCAACAUGGUCCUCAGAGGUCUGACGAGGUUGGAAAGCCGUGUUGAUUCCAGAACAAGGGAAUGGAACCUGGGAUCUUUUCCUUUGGUCAUCAGUAAACUCAAGUUGGAAGACUCAGGCACGUACAUCUGUGAGGUGAAAGACCAAAAAACACUGGCCGUGGAGCUGCAGGUCUACAAAUUGACAGCCAGCUCCGACACCACCCUCCUGUUCCAGGGGCAGAGCCUGAACCUGACCCUGCAGGGCCCACCGAAGCUGACCCCUUCGGUCCAGUGGCAGCGCCCAGGGUCCCCGAGUGCACAGCCCGGAGGCCUGGCCUUCUUCGUGGCUCACGUGCAGAUGCAGGACAGCGGCCUCUGGACAUGCACCGUCUCCCACACCCAGAAGACCCAGAAGACGCUGAAGCUCCAAGUGAACAUUCUGGUGCUGGGCUUCCAGAAGGCACCCUACACAGUGUACGCCCGGGAGAACCAGUCGGCACAGUUCACCUUCCCCUUGAACUCCCAAGUUGACGCUCUGACUGGGGAGCUGAGCUGGCAGGGCGGGGGAGCCCCCUCCGCCCCCCAGCCCUUGAUCACCUUCUCCUUCAAGGAGAAAAAGCUGUCCUUCCAGCAGGUGUCUAAGGCACCCAAGCUCCAGAUGGAGGAGACGCUCCCUUUGAACUUCACCCUACCCCGCGCGUUGCCGCGCUAUGCGGGAACCUUCAAGCUCGACCUGUGUCUCCUCCGCAGACCGCUGAGUCAGGAAGUGAAGCUGGUGGUGAUGCGAGUGACUACGACCCAGAGCAAUGUAACAUGUGAGGUGAGCGGACCUGUACCCCCAUCCCUGACGCUGAGACUGAGGUGGAGGAACCAGACGAAGGCCAGCAGCCAGCAGAGUUUGGUGAAGGUGCAGGACGCCGAGGCGGGCACCUGGCAGUGUGAGCUGAUGGGCGCCGCCGGGCUGCUGCUGAUGUCAGCGGUGGAAGUCUCCUCUACAGACCUGCCGACCUCGCCCAUGAACCUGGUCAUGGUGGUGGGGGGCCUCGUGGGCUUCCUGCUUCUCACUAGCUUCUGCAUCUACUGCUGUGUCCGGUGCCAGCACCGCAGGCGCCAGGCCCAGAGGAUGUCUCAGAUCAAGAGACUCCUCAGCGAGAGGAAGACCUGCCAGUGCUCCCACCGGCUUCAGAAAACACGUGGGCUCCUUUGAGUCACCGGGCCAGGGAACGCUUCCCACUCGCGCCUCCCAGCUGUCCCCCCAGCCUUUCCGGUUUGGACUACUGGGCCUGCGGACCAGAUGAAUGUAGCAGCCACCCUCGCUCUCCUUGUCCACGCUGCAUCUUAGGCUCUCCUCUCCCGGAGAGCACUCACCCAGAGAGCACUCUCCCUGGGGGCACUCGCCCGGAGAGCACUCUCCCAGGGAGCACUCACCCGG